AUGAUGAACUCCGAAAGGAUUUUAUGCGUUGGUCUUGCUGCUCUUGAUAUUGUUAGCAUUUGUGAAAGCUACCCCGAAGAGGACAAGGAUGUUACAGCCAUUUCUCAGCAUCAACAGACUGGAGGGAAUGCUUGCAACACUGCUAAAGUAUUGCGUGACCUCGGAGUGCAGUGUGAAUUUCUAGGUUCCAUGUCGAGUGAAUUUCAGUCGGAUUUCAUUCGUAAGGAAAUGAGUGAUCGUGGGAUACUUUAUGAAAACUGUGCGUACCACUCAGACUGUGGGACUCCGACUUCUUGUGUGGUGCUGAGUCUUAAAACAGGCAGUAGAACAAUAGUACACGCACGAAAUAACCUCCCGGAACUUGACAUUAAAGACUUUGAAAAGUUGGACCUUAAAAACUAUAAAUGGGUUCAUUUUGAAGGCAGAAGAAAUGAGCUUAAGAUUCUAAAAAUGAUCGACAUUGUAGAUGAAUUCAAUAUAACUCAGCCUGAUGAUAAGAAAAUCAAAGUUUCUGUGGAGUUGGAAAGACCAAGAGAAACUCUUUGGCCGUUACUAAGCAGGGGAGACGUCGUGUUUAUUAGCAAAGACUUCGCACGCUUUCGUGGCUUUUCAUCGCCCGUAGAAACUAUCAAAUCCCUUAACCGUUAUGCCAAGCCAACUGCAGUGAUGCUUUGUGCUUGGGGUGAGGAGGGUGCGGAUGGUAUCAGCCCUGAGGGUGAUGUAAUACAUAGUGAUGCCUACCACCCUGAGAAAGUGAUUGACACACUUGGAGCUGGAGACACUUUCAAUGCUGGUGUUAUUUACAGUCUUUAUAAGGGUUCAACUCUACAAGAUACAGUGAAUUUUGCUUGUUUAUUAGCUGGCAUCAAAUGCGGCAUGUAUGGAUACAGUGGUUUAACCAAGGCUCUACAUGAUCUUCAGUAUUGCAGCAGUGAGAGGUAA